AUGUAUGGACCGGGCGCGGAGAGGGAAAUUCCAGCUCCACCCGAAACUUGGUACAGAAUUCUGGCCAUUGCCAUCGGAAUCGUCCAUGGCGUAGGGAGCACAACCGUCGACUCGCCGGGGGCUGGGACGAGCUGGCAGUCGAGGGACUCCCGCGUCGACCGUCAUGGUGAGCAGCGAAACUGCGAUGGCCUUUGGCUCGAAGUCGGCGACGUUAGUGCAAAGGUGGUGCCCAUAGCGGCAUGCCAGCAUUGGCCCGUUGGCCACCCACAGCCAAGAGUAGGAGAUCGCGCGACUAGUUGA